UCUGUGGCCAUGGCCAACCCCAACGUGUACUUCGACAUCACCAUCGAUAACCAGCCGCUGGGCAGGAUUACUUUCGAGAUCUUUGCAGACAAGGUUCCAAAGACAGCAGAAAACUUCCGUGCUCUGAGCACUGGAGAGAAGGGAUUUGGUUACAAGGGAUCCUCCUUCCACAGAAUCAUUCCUGGGUUUAUGUGCCAGGGUGGUGACUUCACAUGCCAUGAUGGCACUGGCGGCAAGUCCAUCUAUGGGGACAAAUUUGCUGAUGAGAACUUCAUCCUGAAGCAUACUGGUCCUGGUAUCUUGUCCAUGGCAAAUGCUGGACCCAACACAAAUGGCUCCCAGUUUUUCAUCUGUACUGCAAAGACUGAUUGGUUGGAUGGCAAGCAUGUGGUCUUUGGCCGAGUGAAGGAAGGCAUGGACGUUGUGGAAGCCAUGGAGAUUUUCGGUUCUCAGGAUGGCAAGACCAUCAAGAAGAUCACUAUCGCAGACUGUGGACAACUCUCAUAA